CUCUGGAUGCUUGUGGCUUUGCUCACUGACUGUCUCGGUACUCGGGUGUGUUUCGGUCUCACCUGCCUGGAGAUGUUGGAGGAGGCGGUCGGCCUCGGCGCCGUCACCGUGCUGGGCGUCCUGGAGCAAGCUUAUUUCUCCCUCCAGGUGAUCUACGCCAGGAGAAAGUAUUCGGUUUCUCCGCCAGCCAUCAGCGGACCACCGGAGUUUGAGAGGAUCUUCAGAGCUCAAGCAAACUGUUCAGAGUAUUUUCCCAUCUUCAUCACUGUGCUGUGGACGGCCGGACUCUUCUUCAGUCCAGGUCUGUCUUCAGUCUGCGGCGUGCUUUACUUGUACGGACGCCUCCUUUACUUCUGGGGAUAUUCAGCGUCUGCACAUGGACGUCUGGCUCCGCUGUACUUCAGUGCUCAGGUUCUCUGGGUUCUCAUCGGGUUCUCGUCUCUCGGAGUUCUCCUCACAUUCUGCAGAGUUUACCUGAAGGUGGACGUCCUGCUGGAGCUCUGGUCCGCCGUCGGCCUGCCCUGACCAGGAGGAGACGCUGGUGUUCUUGGGGUCACAAAGAUGUUUCAGCACAUAAAACCAAACUCAAACUGCUGGGGAGCCACUGACUCCUGUUACGCUAAAUAAUAAAACAAGCACUUUGCCUCGUCUUUGGUGGAUUUAUUGCUUCGUCUGUUCCAUUAUUAUUGUAUAUGUAACAGUGCAUAUGUGGAUAAUUCCACUUGCUGUGGUUUGGAUGUCAUGUUGAUUUGUUGUUGGCUCAGUGGCGCCCCCUUGGGAGCUGGGGUGUUGUUAUGCUGUCGUUCCUGAGAGGCGUGCACGAGGUCGGUUGUGGAGUACAGCAUGGCUCAUGAAUGGUUGUUUUAUGAUUUUUCCUUUAUCUAUCUUUGGAGUGUAUCUGCAUUAACAACCACAUGAAUGUUCAUUAGAGUGUGUUGAUAUGUGUGUUACUGUUUAAAUAUGUUCAUAGCGAGUUUGAGAAACUCCAGAAGCUAACAAGCGAACAUUAGCUGAAAUGACCGAGCUGCUCCUUUCGUAGCGUGCUGAGUGUUUCUUAUAUUUGCCAGAUGGACCAAUAAAUGGUUAAAGACAGCCCAGCCUUCUGACUCCUUAAUGUCUGUCUCUGUGUCUCAGGAGGAAGUGACAUCACAGAUUCUGAGGUGGGAGUCACAAGACCAGUUCACUUUAGUGUGUUGUUGCUUUUAUUUUCAUUAAAUGUUGUUGUAUAGAACAAAUAAACAUAUAAUUCUGUCUCCAGA